UUUUGAGCAGUUCCGGCGCUUCAAGUGCCGGCCGGAUCUCGUUCAAAUCUAAGACGGGCAUUCUUACAUAUACCCCCCUGCCAAAGUAAUAUUGACGAUCAGUGUCCCACCGACUGCUAUGAGAUCGUCAAAUUGAGACCUAUGGCUAUCUGGUCGUAGAAUCCCUAGAUCGAUCCUACUCCCAGUUCUCCUCUCCCUCCCUCGGGUCCUCCUCGGCGACACCGAGCUGCCGAAGGUCUCCCGCCGGCCACCCUCCCUCCUCCGCUUCCGCCCCCCCCCCCCCUCAGAUCCGUCAGCCCACCGCCACCCGCUGGCUAUGCAAUUCAAAAUUGUCACUUAUCUAUCUACUUCCAUAGGCUAUGCAAUUCAAAAUUGUCACUUAUCUAUCCACUUCCAUAGUUGCAGGUUGAUCUCACCAUGUCAUACACCAAGGCCACUGAUGCCAGUGGUCAUGCUUCUGAGGAGGGUCCUGAACUCAUGGACCUAAUUGAAGAGAACGCAAUGCCAUCAUCCCAAGCAGAGGAGGAAGCAAUCAGGAAAAAAUAUGGAGGAAUAUUACCCAAAAAACCACCACUCAUAUCUAAGGAUAAUGAACGUGCUUACUUCGAUUCUGCUGACUGGGCUUUAGGAAAGCAAGGUGCACCCGUUGAGAAGCCCAAAGGGCCACUCGAGGCACUUCGCCCAAUAUUGCAGCCGACUCUGCACCAGCAAGUGCGUUUGCGGAGGUCUAUUUACACGUCCUCUGACACUGACGAUGGAGGCAAUGCUGCUUCUGAGGUGAACCAGCAAUGAGUGACUUCGAGUCGUGCCCACUGGAGAGCCUUUCCAUGGCACCACCUUUUGUUGUAUGCAUUGCAACAGAAUGGAGUCCAUUUGGUAGGCUUCCAUGAAUAAGUAAUCACAGUUUUUAGUUAUAUUUGCUGCUGUUAGUAGGAAUCUUUGUGGCCUCUCCGCAGCUGAGACCGGUGGCACUGGAACUGCCAGUGACAAAAGUUUAUGAAUUCAUAAUGGAUCAGCUCGUAGAAUGACAUCUAGCUCAUAGGCACCAUGCUUCCUGUUAUUUCAGUGAAAUGUCCUAGAUUACCGAUUUUCAUGAUUAUAAUGUGACAAGUUACAGCAUAGUAAUUGCUAAUUAAGUUUGAGACGCUUGGAGGAUGCGGUUAAGAUAAUCUACAUGAAUGUUGGUCAAAGUUCUUUGAACCGCGCGAAGGUCAAAAAGAAGUAACUUUGUAUCUCUAUGAACGGCAUAUAACAAUCCAAGAAGCGUUCUUCCUGCUGUUUCAAUUCCAGUUACAAAGAAGAGUAUCCUCGAAAGUUCUGUCAGACAAGGUGAUCCAAGGCUUUUUGACUUUCCCAGGAAAAUGUCGAAAAAUUUCUUAAUUGAUGAUUUAAGAGGGCUUAUAACUUGGACAUCAAUUAGAAGACUCAUUUUCUCGAAUUACAGCAUACCUUGUACCAUAAUCAGUUUCAGGUGUUGCCAAUCAUGUGAUAAAUUGCUGUUUUUCAUCACGCUGGUGUAAUGGAAAUCGCUCAGCAUCUGGAUUUGGUUGUUAACAUCAUCUUUGUUCUGAUCUGAAGUUCAGCUGUCUGGACCACAAUAUUACCUUUUCCUGUCGUGCCACUUUUGGUCUUUCAAUGCGCAUGGGUGUAUGAUGUCCUUUUGCUUCGAGUGGAUCAUAAAAAUAGUAUGUAAAACUAAGCAGAUGCAAUAUGUUGACGCCUUUAUGCCA